AUGGGUAACAGUAGUUCCCAAAAUGGAGGCUUUUCAUCCAUGAGAACAAGGGGUAUGAGGGAGUCCAUAAUGAGCAUGACGUACUUCCAGGGGCUGUCAUGUUCUAUCUCAUCUGGGGCUGGUUUCGAUACUCAUUACUAUCUGAGUUUGCUGACAGGAAGAGGACUCUGCUUUGCUCAUCGACAAUUGAUGGCCAACCGAGGAUGGCAUGAAUGUCAGUUUGAAAAUAACAGAACCUGCAUCGGUACGCGUUUGGUCAUUGAUAUCCAAUUUGGACGGACUACUAGUGUCCUUUCAAAUGCUAUGCUUCCAUUUUCUGAUGUGGAAGCACAUAAUCAUCUCUCAUUUUGUUUGUCUGAACAUUUGGAAUGCUUGCUGUUACCUGUUGAGGUAAACUUGGUGGAAUCAAAUGCUUUGCUUCGGACUUUGGAGCUUCGACCUCCUAGGGGCUUGUUCAUGAUAAUGCAGCUAGGAGAGGGCCGCCAGGUGGUGGGGUUGGUCGGCUGGCUGGGGGUAGAGAAGUAG